AAUGCGCUCCUUCCCGCUCCCCCACACCGGCAUCGGCCCCCUCACCGGCUGUAGGAAAUGGUGAAAGAAACCACUUAUUAUGAUGUUUUGGGGGUCAAACCCAAUGCCACCCAAGAAGAAUUGAAAAAGGCUUACAGGAAACUGGCCUUGAAGUACCACCCUGAUAAGAAUCCAAAUGAAGGAGAGAAGUUUAAACAGAUUUCUCAAGCUUAUGAAGUGCUCUCUGAUGCAAAGAAAAGGGAAUUAUAUGACAAAGGAGGAGAGCAGGCAAUUAAAGAAGGUGGAGCAGGUGGCGGUUUUGGCUCCCCCAUGGACAUCUUUGAUAUGUUUUUUGGAGGAGGAGGCAGGAUGCAGAGACAAAGGAGAGGUAAAAAUGUUGUGCAUCAACUCACAGUAACCUUAGAAGAUUUAUAUAAUGGUGCAACAAGAAAACUAGCUCUGCAAAAGAAUGUGAUUUGUGACAAAUGUGAAGGCCGAGGUGGUAAGAAAGGAGCAGUAGAGUGCUGUCCCAAUUGCCGAGGUACUGGAAUGCAAAUAAGAAUUCAUCAGAUAGGACCUGGAAUGGUUCAGCAAAUUCAGUCUGUCUGCAUGGAGUGCCAGGGCCAUGGGGAGCGGAUCAGUCCUAAAGAUAGAUGUAAAAGCUGCAAUGGAAGGAAGAUAGUUCGAGAGAAGAAAAUUCUAGAAGUUCAUAUUGACAAAGGCAUGAAAGAUGGCCAGCACAGUGCCAUCACAGCAACACCUAGACUAGUGUUUGAUGAAAUAAUCGGGCACCAUAGCCUGGCCAAGUUAACACAUAAAUUUAACCAUUACAAACCACCUCUAGACAACUUGAUAUCCACACACAUCCCCUGA